GGUAACUCCACGGCUAUCACGAGACGGUCGUCAGUCUGAUAAAUUUCCUCCUCACAUCGUUUUGUUUUUGAAAUGAGUUGAUUUCAGUGUGUAAACUGUGACAUUUGUGAUUAAGUAUGAGCUUUGCAGGAUGUGUGGUUGCUUCCAUAUUGAUCUGGUUGCUCAAGCCCAUGGGGGCAUUGCCUAGACCUGGUCUUAACUUGGUGGAAACACAGGGAGGCAGGACUCGACGGGAUAUCCCUUGCAAAAUUGACCAUGAGUAUUUUUCCAAUGGCAUCUGCUGUUUAUCCUGUCCAGCUGGCACACAUUUGACGUUGUCCUGCACAAAGCCAGGGGAGAAGGGGAAAUGUGAGGAAUGCCAAGAUGGAACAUAUACUGAACACAGCAAUCACCUGCGACUGUGUUUAAAGUGCACUAAGUGCCGCACAGACCAGGAAAUUGUUCGUCCAUGUACGGGGACUCAGAACACAGAAUGCCAGUGCAAGCAGGGAGGGUUUUGUGCCCCUGAACAAGCAUGUGAAAUGUGCAGGAAGUGCUCAAGAUGUAAAAUAGAUGAAGUGAAAGUGAGGAACUGCACCGCCACCUCGAACACGGAAUGCAAGAAAAUCCAGCCCCCGUCCAAGUCUAGCACAGGAAAUGUUGUGAUUGUUUCAGUGGUGGCAGUGGUGCUGUUCAUUGCUGGCUUACUCAUUGUGAUAGUAGUCGUAGUGAAGAGGAAGCGUGACAGACGACGAGAUUCUCAGAGACAUCCAUCUAACGUGCUGAAAGACGAACAGAUGGACGCUCUCUCAUCUGAGGAGAAAAGAAGCAGAGAAAACAAACAACCAAGACACUUGCGUCUGAACCACUAUCAACAAGCGGUGAGGUCAAUGUCGCCAGCCUGCAUGGAGGUUGAGCGUGAAGAGCUGUGUAACAGCCUCAGCAGCUCUGCCAGUAACUCCCAGCACAGCCUAACCAACCUGCCGUACACCUUAGCCCACUACAGCCUCGCGGCACCUCCACAAAGGGAGACUGAAUUAUUCCAGAGGCUUGUUCCUGUCAAUGGUGAAGCAUCUCUGAGGAGCUGCUUUGAGUAUUUUGAAGAUCUGGACGUUGAUUACCACAAGAGGUUCUUCCGUAGCCUUGGAAUUCAUGACAACACGAUCAAAAGCAAACACAGCCUUCAGCACGAAGACAGGAUCCAUUCACUGCUCAACAUCUGGAUGGAGAGAGAAGGCAAAGCCGCCAGCCUGAACGACCUGCUGAAAACGCUGCUCGACUUGAACCAAAGGCUCACGGCGGACAAAGUGAAAGACCAAGCCAUCGCCAAAGGCCACUAUGUGUAUGUGAGUGACAGGGAGGAGCGCGAGAAGUGAAAGACUCGAAGAGGAAAUGGAGUCUGAUCACCGGCACGUGACAGCGCUGCUGAUGUAAUAAUGCUUAAACGUGUUUCUCCUCUGAUCAGACUGUAGCGACUUGUGUCACUCGGACACAUACAGGUGUGUUCAGCCUUUUCCCACAGUCUGCAGGUGACGCAGUUGUUUAAUUCAUCUGCCUGUGAGUUAUUAGCUGAAUAGCUGUUUGCUGAUGCCUAUAAAAAGGCUUUAAAAGAACAGAGUCUAAAUCUCAGGACAAGUUUGUGCUUUAACUGAUGUGUAUUUCAGGAUUUGAUGUUGCAGUGUUUUGUUCCCCGUCGAACAAAUUUUGGUGCCAUUGAACGUUGUAAACAUUAAAAGCUGUUUGUAUACCGAUAAAUGAGAUUACACGAAACAGUUGAAUGUGCGCAUGUCUGAACAGUGUUUUUGUGUGGAAGUGGGGAUCUUGUAUGUUGACAGUGAGGCAAUGUAAACAAACUGUGUAUUUUAUUUAUUUUUCCCCCUGAGCAGCCUGUUUUUGUAUUUAUGAGCGCUUCUGUGUGCAAACUGCAUUUGUUGAUUGUUGCUUAAGCGUGACGAAUGUUGACUAAAGUUGUGAGUCUGAUUUAAUCGUGUGUGUGUGUGUGUGGCAGUACAAGUUGCAAAGUUACAUAAUCUUCAUGCAUUAGUUGAUGGAAGGUACUUACUGGAAUAGAAACCAUAAUUUUACUGCAAACUUUGUAUUGCGUUGACAGGUGUUCAUGAAUUUUCAAGUGUAUGAUUUGUCUUGAAUUGUGUGUGAAUAUAUAUUAAAAAUAUUUUUCAUAUCUU